UGAUUACAACAACUCCAUUGUCAAAAACUCAUCUUUGAAGAUGAGUGCCGCACUUCCUGACGAUAUUUUCCACCUUUUGUGUGAAGAACUUGCUGUUCAAAAAGAUUUUGACACGCUCUUCGCCUGUGCUUGUGCAGGCAGAAUACUAGCCGUGCCAGCACUUACGAAUUUGUACAGAUCACAUCACUUGGCUCCCAUAAUUGGUGGCGGAGAAGAUGAAGCUGUGCCUUUUGUAACGAAACAAUUGCUCGUUCUCAAAUGGUCAAUCCUCUGGAAGUCUAUCAUAGCAUCAAGUUUGAAUGCAACUCUAUUCCCCUACUGUCGCUAUAUAAAGCAUUUGGAUUUUCGAGACCUCCAGAAUCUGUUCUAUGAUGACAAAUUUAGGGGCAAAGUUUCCAACCAAUUCUUUUCCGGGCCGUUGUCAAGAUUUCACAUGACGGAGAGAGUGUCUCGGGGCAAGCGCAAUUUUGAUGUACUAAACGUCGUACCCAUUUUGGAUGCCAUUGGGGAGGAAGUUACAAAGCAUACGCCCAUGAUUGAAGUUAUCAGUGGUAAAUUGGUUUCAUCUGCCUUGGUCCGAUGGGCACCACGAAUUCCUCGCCUUCAGACGCUAGAGCUUGAGGAUGGCGUACCACUCGAGGAUGAACUGGUACAUGCUUCAAUACAGCAGCACUGUCCUCAUUUUAGUUCCCUUAGUAUAUUCGGAUGGGCAGCUCAAGAGCGUGAUCACAAACUAUCCACAUUUCUCAGCGCACUGAGGCCACAAUCACUGAGGUCAUUGGAAACCAUUCGCGAUAUUGGUGUUGGAGCCGAAACAUUCCUCGCCUUGAGUACUCACAGCAAAUCACUGAAAGAACUCGAACUUUGCAUAUCUGAGGACGCAUUGCCACACCUGUCUCUACUACAAGGAUGCACGGCGCUUGAAAAUCUACGUAUUGAAGAUACUCUGGGCACGACCAACCUUGAGAAGACCCAGAAUGAUGUGUUUUUAGAUAUGGUCAGCUGGUUGAGAAAUUGCAGCAAUAUACGCCGCAUCAGCUUCAGUAGGCUUCAGUCAGCUUCCGCCAUCAUCACUCCACUAUGCUUGGAUCCAACUAUCAAGAUACGUCAACUAGAACUAAAUCAAGGCGCUUACGUGCCAAAAGACUGUCAGACCUUCCACCAAGCGCUGGCCAAUCAGGCAUCUUCUUUGGAGGAUCUAUCUCUUACCGGCGAUACGGACGGGAUGUUUCGAGAUGAUAUCGACAUCAUUGUCGACUCAUUGAAACAGCUCACCCAGCUACGCGAGCUGAAAUUAGUUCUUGUCCAGGAAGUCUUCCACGAUGAACAUCUCAUAUCUAUACUCGGCAACAUGAAGCUUCUAGAAGAUGUCUACAUCACUGGCAUGGAGAUCAAAGAUGAGGUUCUAGACUGUGUUGCCAAACUCGACAAUCUAAAGAGCGUCUCAUUCUCAGGAAUAUCGAAGUUCACGACUGACGGUCUACUUGAAUUCGUUUCAGAACUUGGACCUGGAAACAGAGGCAUCCGCGUCAUGGUCGAUAUGGCGGACCCUGAGACCUUGUUAUCUGAUGAAGAGGUAAACCUUGUCCGUGAGAGCCUCUGGGAGAAGGCUGGUGGUACAUUGGAAUAUAUCCCAUUCAAAGAUCCAAACGUUCCGGACUUCGAUGAAUCAGAUUCAGACUAGACUAGCGACGUUUGUUGCGGCAAAUCAGGGAUGGUCACGUUGAAGCAUGCAUUGUUAGGAGUGCCAUGGCCUGGUGCACUAGAUUGUUCGAGUAUGGAGUUUGCGUCUUGGAUAUUAUUGGUGUCUAGGUUACGGGUCUAAAAUGUUGGAGUAAUGAAGCUCGAUCUUCACCAAGUCUAUUGGUGGGCUGGGCAGGGAGUCUUACGCGCCCAAUCUGUAGAAACAUACGAUCCUAAUAGGAACGGUUUUAUUCGAUUGUUAUGAAG